GUAAAGUGUGACGAACAUGUCCCGAUGGAAGACGUCUGAGCGUCGCCGACAAGUAGUUUACCUGCGUUUUAAGACAUUGUCGUCAUUGUUGAUGGUGACAGGAACUGCGCAAUGUCAAUCCCUGCUUUGCUCAUCCUGUAUGGGAGCCAGACCGGGACAGCCCAGGACACAGCGCAGAGGAUUUUGAGGCAGGCGCUGAGAAGACAACUGCAAGUGCGGGCAUUGCCUCUGGAUGACUACAAUGUGGCCAACUUGAUCUCAGAGUCUCUGGUUGUGUUUGUCUGCUCAACCACGGGGCAAGGAGACCCCCCCGACAACAUGAAGAAUUUCUGGAGGUUUCUCUUUAAGAAAACUUUGCCGGUUGGGUCUCUGUGUCGGCUGGACUGUGCCGUACUGGGCCUGGGGGACUCGUCUUACCCGAAGUUCAAUUUUGUGGCUAAGAAGCUCCAUAAGCGCCUCGUGCAGCUGGGCGCCACGGUGCUGCUGCCUGUCGGCCUCGCUGAUGACCAGCAUGACCUGGGGCCUGAUGCUGUGAUUGAUGUGUGGCUGACAUCGUUUUGGCAAAGCUUGGCUGCGCUGCACCCGUGCUUUGCAGACGUGACCCCGUUGAGGGAAGAUGAGGCCCUUCCCCCGACGUACACGUUUCAUUUUCUGGACGGUGUGGAAGACAAGACGGAGGACUGUCAGAGAAUUCCGGCACAACAGCCCGCUCCCUCCCAGUGGUGUCCCUUCCCUGCCAAGCUGCUGUCCAACCGGAGAGUAACUGACCUGCAGCACUUCCAAGAUGUGAGGCACAUUGACUUUGACAUCACUGGAUCCAACAUACAUUUUACUGCAGGUGACGUGGUGAUGAUGCGCCCCUGCAACGCACCAGAGGACGUCGAGCAAUUCUGUCAAUUGUUGAGAUUAGAUCCAGAGGCCAGAUUCACUCUUGCAACCACAUCAGGCUGUGCAGUCCCCAGCAGGCUUCGUCAUCCCUGCACCGUGCGCUACCUGGUGGAGAGCUACCUGGACAUUGCGGCCGUGCCUCGACGCUCCUUCUUUGAGCUGCUCUCCACCUUCUCCACCAACGAGCUGGAGCAUGAGAAGCUGGUGGAGUUCAGCUCAGCGGAAGGCCAGGAGGAGCUGCACAGCUACUGCAACCGACCACGCCGCACUGUGCUGGAGGUGUUGGCCGACUUCCCCCACACGACAGCACAACUCCGAGUGGACUACCUGCUGGAUCUGAUCCCUGAGAUCCAACCACGCUCCUUUUCCAUCGCCUCCUCUCUUCAGGCUCACCCUAACAGGCUGCAGGUCCUGGUAGCUGUGGUCCGAUAUAAAACCAAAAUGUUUCAACCACGAAGAGGUCUCUGCUCCAACUGGUUAGCCUCCCUCGACCCCACAAAAGGAGAUGUUUAUGUGCCUCUCUGGGUGAAGAAGGGAACUCUGAAGUUUCCCAGGGAGAAGGACACCCCCGUGAUCAUGGUGGGACCGGGAACAGGAGUGGCGCCCUUCAGGUCAGCUUUACAAGAGAGGACUGUUGAGGGUAAGAACGCCAACGUCCUCUUCUUUGGCUGUCGAUCCGAGUCCAAAGACUUCUACUUCAGGAACGAGUGGGAGGAGAUGAUGAGAGUUGGACAGCUGAUGCUCUUCUCUGCCUUCUCGCGAGACCAGGAAGAAAAGGUGUAUGUACAACAGCGUGUGAGGGAGAAUGCUGCACUCAUUUGGGACCUUAUUGUAAAUAAAGGCGCUUACUUUUACAUAGCAGGGAAUGCUAAGCAGAUGCCGACUGCCGUGCGUGACGCACUGAUGGCGGCCUUCGAGCAGGAGGGAGGGCUGUCCUCUGAUGACGCCGAGCAGAUGCUAACAGCCAUGGAGACGUGCGGACGAUUCCAGAGUGAGACCUGGUCCUGAUCCGAUGGCGUCAAGACCGACACAGUCCACAUUCCAUGUGUGGUGGAUGCAGGUGAAUGCUCUGACGUUCCCUUGUGAAGCCAUCAUAUCACGUCUAUGCACUCUAAAGAUUUGAAAGCUUUAAAGGAAUAUUUCAAAUCUGACACUGCAUCAAUAAUACAUUUUUUUUUUAAGUACCCAAAACUCUAGUAAGUACCUACCAGCUGUGCCCUGUGUCAUAAUUUGCAGUAGUAGACUACUGCAGCAUCGUGAGGAUGAACUUACUGUUUACUAGAGUUAGAUGUAGUACCUGCACAGAGACAAAAGGCUCCCGGUGUGCUUUUUAUUGAGCAGAUAGCGCCUCCUUUUUAUGUCCUUGAAAAACAUUCAGCACUGUCUAAAAUGCACAAGGUGACAUUCAAGCAUUGGCUACAAACAGGAAGCUGAAUUAUAAAAGUCCUCAUCUUCCAUGUCUGCAGACAUGUUUCGGUUUGUGACGUCACGGUUUAAAAAAAGAAACAAAAAAGCACGUAAAUGUGUUGAAAAUAAAUAAAGCCUGGAAAAAUACUGUCAGAUGAGACAACGUAAGGAUGCAGGGAACACCCCACCAUGCAUCAACAUGACGGUUGACUCCAAACGUCCCACAGCAUAUUAGAAAGACGUGUCUUAUCGGAGGGCCAGGGUGUGGACAUGGUAAAUCUCCUUUGGGAAGUUGACUUGUUGUUCCUCGUAGACAAUGCUCAGGCCCGCCCUGCCCACCAGACUGCGAACUAUUUCCAGGUCUCGACACACGCUGCUGUCCACCUCGUCCGGGACCACACCCUCAUAAGACACGUUGUCCUUGAUGACGAUGAGGCCGUUGGGCCGCAAGGCUUUGUGGCAGCGGCGCAGGAAUUCCACCAGGUGGUUGUCAGUCAGGUGACCUGUGAAGGACACAAACGUCUCACACAUGGACGAAAUACAUAACAAUGCUCACUUUUUAUUAACAGUCAGAAAGAAAGAAUAGCAUGUGUCCCUUCAUAAAAUAAUAAAAUAUCAUUUUCAAAAUACUAAUUUAGAGAAAUGGUAAAUAUCCAUCUUCUUCCGCUUAUCUAAGGUCGGGUCACGGGGGCAGCAGCCUAAGCAGGGAAGCACAGACUUCCCUUUCCCCAGCUACUUCGUCCAGCUCCUCCCGGCGGAUCCCAGGCCAGUUGAGAGACAUAGUCUCUCCAACAUGUCCUGGGUCUUCCGCGAGGCCUCCUACAUUAAGAGGAAUGAAUGAUACUAUACUUUUUACUUGUAUUAUUUUUGUAAUUACAAUGUACAUACGCACAAACGUGAGAUGAUAUGUACUGAUCACGGUGUUCAUUAGUGGUGAAGGGGUGGCAUGUGUGCCAAGGAAGAAGCGUUUGAAUCUGCAGGUUCAGAUAAUGCCGCAGAUAUGGGAAUUUUCUUUAUUUGAAGUCACUGGGUCCAAGCCAGGGAGUGCCACACCAGAUCUAGCAGAAUGAGCUAUGAUUAAAUAAAUGCUGUGUGUGGCAGUGAUGUGUUAGACACGAUAAGGAUGGGUGCUGCUCACCUGAAGCCACUGUAGUUGGCAUUGCAUGAUUCAGUGCAGUGCCAUACAUUAUACUGUAUUUAUCAACAUUGCGGAAUUCAUAUAUUGCUGACAGAAGGCAUGGGCCGGUUACAGGUUUCAAUGUGUUAACAUGAAUAUCAUAACCUAAUAUGCCGCAAAUGUCAUCGUUUAAUUUCUUGUAGUGUAACCAAACACGUAUUUACACUACACGUUGGAGCUUCAAAACGUAUAGUAAAUCACAAAAUACACUAAUAUAACAUAAUUAAGUGAAAACAUUGAAGAUUCCUUCAAAGGGAUGCACAUUUAGAAGAUUUACUCUAUUUUCAACAUGUUUCCUUGUUGUACAUAUGCGCAGUAGUGGUAGAAGUCAAUGGAGGCGAACGUGUCGUCAUUCCACCGGUACUUCCCUGCUGUCGUCAUAGUUGUCAGUCGACAUUAACUCACGUCGAGGGUCACCAAAGGUGGAGAUGGCAUUCAGAAGAAGACAGAAGCUGAGGAUGGUCAUGGUAUAAAACGUUUACUCUCCACUGAACAAGCAUCAACUACUUAGUCCACAUCACAUGACAUGGUGAUGAAAACAAAUGAAUAGAAACUCUAAAACGCUUGUGGACAAGCUAUGACCUGCACAUUCACAACGCUAUGAAAUAAUGACGGAACAUUACAGGGUUUUUAAAAUUAUUAUUUAUGUUGUGACCUUUUUUGAGCCACUGAUUGGUAAGAAAAUAUUUAUGGUCUUGUCACGUGAGUUGCAGGAAGAACCACUGCAGACUGCAUUUUUAAAAUCUAUUUAGAAAUAAUUCCGCAAUUUUGCAUUUAUUUUAAAUACCACUUCCAUCAUGUUCUAUUAUAUCGUUUAAAAAUAACAGUAACAGAAAAUAACAUUUAUUUUCAAUAAAGAUAUUUCAAAAUAACAUCUAUUUAUAAUAUAUGAUGCUUUAAUUAUUAUACUGUGAAGCUGUGAUAUUUUUGCCCAAGGUUUUCAUACCAUCAGGAUCUCAUACCGGCCCAUGCCUUGCUGACAGUGUGUCAUGUGUACGUACGUGUCUGAUGUCUAACCAAUCAGCUAGACUCACCAAUAACCCAUUGUAUCCAGAUGACGUCAUAGCGUCCACCCUCUGGUACAAAGUCCUGCAGGCCCAGACAGAAGUAGUUGCCCACUCUCUUACCAUCCUCUCCCAGGUACGUCUUAGCUUUGUCGAGGAACUCCUGCGUUACGUCCACCAGGUCCACCGUCUUGAAGAGUGGCAGCAGCAAACGUUUGGAGAUCCUCCCGAUGCCGGCGCCGCAGUCUAGAGCGCAACCCGCAGUUGUCUUUCCCUCGCCUUCCUGCAGCAGCAACAAGCACUGAAUGAGCUGCGACACGAACUAUUGGCAUCUUUUCUGUAUUUUGCUAAACCACACAAGACACAGGUGUCUUGUCUCUAAUUGGUUUUGAUGACACAUGCACGGUGUCCCCUAAAGCCUGGACGUAUAACAUACACAUCAUAUACUGUACAUACAUUAUACAAAAAUGUUUAAUCGUUCAGUGAUAAUAAUACAUAUUACUUACUUUAGAAAUAUUUAAAUAUAUUAUUAAAUAUUAUAUUAAACUACUAAAACAAAAAAAUAAGAUCAAUACAUGUACAAAUUUUAAAAAUUAUUUUCAAUUUAAAUAAUUUUUAGUAAGAAUAUAAUAUAUGCAUUUUGUCUGUGUGCCUAAAGUCUAUAAAUAUACACGUUAUACAAAAAAAGUGACAAUCUAAAGAAAAAAAACUUUCCAAUUAAGCAAAAACUAAUAUUUAAAAUAUAUGUAUAUAUAUACAUACACACAUAUACAUGUAUAAAGUAUUUUAAAUUAAAUUAUUUUUUAAAUUAAAUUUAAAUUAUUUUAUUUCAAUUCUGCAUAUAUUUAAAAUGUAUAUUUGCAUUUUGCCUAUGUGUAUCUAAAGUCUGGAAAUAUACACAUAAUACACAUACUGUACAUUAUACAAAAAAAGUUAGAUUUAAUUUUGUAAUAAAGAAAAAAAUUACCCAAGUAUUUUAAGAUUAAUGAAAAAAAAAUAUUUACUUAAAUUAAAAUUUUAUUUAAAUUUUUGCACAUAUUCAAUUGUAUAAUAUAUGCAUUUGUGUGUCCCGACUUUAGUCCUAAAUUCUGGGCAUAAUACUGUAUACACAUUAACUCAUUCAAUACCAAAGAUGAAGUUAUACGUUUAAACCCCAACACCCGAUCCCAACAACGUAUUUGUACGUCUUUAACGUUAUUUUUGCGCGAGAGGCAAAAACAGGUGAUGACGCAACUCUCCACUAAUGCAUUUCAGUUCAGAGCAAUUUGAAGCCAUAAAAACGGCCACAAGGUGGCAGAAGUGCAUUUGAUAAGAGCUCGGCAGAGAACAUGUAAGUGGGAAGAAAUCAAUUUUUUUAAAAAUCACACGUGACAGGAAGUGAGAGAGUGGAGGAGUGUAGCGUGCAGAAGGUUAGGCAUUGUAGGGAAAUUUUAACGCAAGCACGUGCACACAGUUCAGUUCAGAGAAAAGUGUAUGACGUGUAUGGUGAGGGGUUUUACAGUCUUAAAACAUAUAAUAAUUGUAAACAAAGUUGGCUACUUGGCGGAUUUCACUGCAGGCUAUUUUGGGAACCUAUCCCCCGCGAUAAACGGAGGAACCCGCCUCCACCCACUGGGACAAAGAGAUUGAAUGACUGACAGGAGGGCUCACUCACUCCACUCAUUCCGCUACAGAACCAACGCGCCCAGGUGUUGAGACAGAUGCACAGAGUGAACCCUCUUGUCAGCCAGGCUGUUUGGUAGAGGGGGAGGAAAACAAACACGUCAGUGGAUCCAGGCCGGCAAAAUUAUCGACUUUGUUUUUAUUUAUCGCCGAUUUAUUGAUUAUUAUGGCAAGCCUAGUCAUUGUUGGAACCCUCACCCACGAUUACACUAGUAUGCAAAACUGCACUGGACGUCAAUGUUUUGUCAGAGUGACAUGUUCUCACGCCGAGGAACUUGCGAAGGAAGGCCUUGGAUCCAUUGAUAUCGAUGCUGGAGAUGUUUCCGUAGCCUCCCAGCAUGCCGUCGACCGUAGGUGGAACCUCCUUCCAGUAGCCCUCAGCAUUGGAGUAGAAGCUUGGCUCUCCUGAUAUGUCCCCCAUCCUGCUGGAACACAACAAUCACAGGCUUCAAGGUACCAUUCUUCACCACUUGCGAAAAUAGCAAUCACAGGUGGCAAACAAAGUAACCCCUCCUAUUCACCUUUACAUUUUUUCUCCCCGUUCAGGUUGUGGUUGUUUGGGGGAUUUUUAGAAUGUGCUGCAGGCAACAAAUAGCCCACUGUCCACACUUUGGCCAUCAGUGAUUUAAAGUGACAGGUGCGCACUAUGCUAUGCUAGUAAACACACAUACCACUGGACUUACUUUAAAAAGCACACAGGUGACCGAACCUUGACAGCUUAAAAACAUACUUACCCACCUUGCAUAUAAAGUGACGAUGAGCACUUUGAACUUCGAACCACACUUACUAGUAUGUCUAGUUGCUAUGACAGACCGUCAAUGGAAUAGCAACCGAGCUAGUUAGGCGAUUAGUUAGCUAGUUAAACUCCUUCCAUAAACACACUUGAAAAGAUAUUUCAAUAAGAUAUUUACGGGACCAAAAAGGAAAUGUAGCUUCUUACCUCUUUGAGCUCCAAGCCCCUGACCCUAUUUAAGUCACGUUCAACCGUCCCGGUGUCAGGAGGACCACUGUCUAUUUAGGAGCAUAGCUGACAUGUGUGCAGUACGUCAUUUCCUUAUUUGGUUCCUGUUCAACCAAGGGGUAGGCACGCCCCCUUCUGGCUACAUGUAGUUACUGCACGUUUCCAAUGGACCUACCUUGGUAUGCCUUUUAUUGAGUGGAUUCUGCCAGUGAGCAACUUUUUCUGUAGGAUUUAAAAUUCAUUUUUUAAAAAGUGUUAUUGAUAAUUAGUAUUAUUAUGUCUCAAAUCUGCAUUGUAGCAAUCUCCAAAGUCCAGUCUUGAAAGCCUUAUGACAGACAUUCAACUGCCCCAGCAACAUCACAGACACAUGUAAUAAACAUAUGCUAUACAAUAAUAAAUACAUACAAAAUAAUAAAUAAGAAGACAAAAAUAAUGAUAAUUAAAUAAUUGAAAUGAACUAAAUGUUAUUAAGCAUCUCAAUGAAUUAGAAUAUCUUAGAAAGUUCAUUUAUUUCAGUAAUUCAGUUAAAAAUGUGAAAGUCUUCACUACACAGAGUGAAAUAUUUCAAGAAUGUAUUGUUUCAUUUCUCAGUCACUUCGAUGGUUAUAGCUGUCAGCUAAUAAAAACCCCAAAUUCUGUAUCUCUUUUUUUUAAUAGUCAAAACGUUAAAGAUUGUAAUCUACUCUUCUGCGCUCUCAUCAGCAAAUUAACUGCAACAACUUCAAACUUUAAAAAGCCUUUAAUUGGUCUUUUAGUCUUAGCUGAACUCCUAGAAUCAAAAGAAUAACUUUUGUAUGUUAUUGUGAUGUAUUGAGAUGCACCUGGUCAGUAUAUCGUAAUACGAAUACGAAGAUAGACUAGAAUUCCUUUUAUUGUCACUUGUACAAUGAGAUUUAAUGCAGCGCCUUCUCCUGUGCAGACAUAACAUGAAACCAUAUAUAUUUACAACAUAGAAUAAAAUAAAUAACUGUGGAAGAAAGAUA